UAUUCACCGCGAAAUUGCUACGUAGACGAAAACAGAUUGUUGAACAUUAUCAAAAAGUGCAUUCUAGUUAAAAUGCAAUAAUAAAAAAAUUGAAUUGUUUUAAUAAAUAUAAUAUAACUGAUUAUUUAAUAUUAAAUAACAAUGAAAAAAUAAUAUUUGAACAAAGUGAAUUCUUUUUAUUUAUUUAAAAAACACAUCUCAAAAAUGGAAGAAAGUACAGUUUUAUGGAUGCUUUCACUGGUAAUGUUAAUUGGUUCCUGUAUAACUGGAUCUUUACCAUUAGUCAUGAAUUUAUCUGAGAUUCUACAAAGAACUCCAUGAUCAUGAACAUCAUGAACCUUUAAUCUUUCUAGGAUAAAUUACAACUGGUUUCAAUACUUGGUGCUGGACUUCUUGUAGGCACUGCACUAGCUGUGAUUAUACCUGAAGGUAUAAGAGCAUUGUUUACUGGUGGAAGUAAUAAUGAUCAAGGAGUUUAUAGUGAUCCUCAUUCUUUAAUAGGUAUUAGUUUAAUACUUGGUUUUGUAUUUAUGUUACUGAUUGAUCAGUGUUCAGCUAGAAGAAGUGGAGUGAGAGAAAGGAGUGUUACUGCUACUUUAGGUCUUGUAGUUCAUGCAGCUGCUGAUGGAGUGGCAUUAGGAGCUGCCGCAACUACAUCACAAGCUGAUGUAGAAUUAAUUGUUUUUUUAGCAAUAAUGUUACAUAAAGCACCUGCAGCAUUUGGUUUAGUAUCAUUUUUAUUACAUGAAGGAGUAGAUAGAAAAAAAAUUGGUAGACAUCUUUUAGUAUUUUCUUUAGCUGCUCCUUGUCUUGCUCUUGUAACAUAUUUUGGUAUUGGAAAGGAAGGAAAAGAAACACUUAGUAGUGUAAAUGCAACUGGAGUAGCAAUGUUAUUUAGUGCAGGUACAUUUUUAUAUGUUGCAACUGUACAUGUUUUACCAGAACUAAUGACAAGAACUAAUAGUAACUAUACUCAUCUACCAAGUGCCGAAAAUGUUGCAGUAUCUUCUUCUGGACUCAAAGUUAAAGAAAUAUUAGUUCUAGUAUUAGGCUCUUUUUUACCUGCAUUAAUUACAACUGGACAUCAUCAUUGACAAAAUGUCAUACAGAAAAUAUACCUGUUUUUUUACUAUGUGUAAUUUAAAAUGUCCCUUUCAUUAAAGAGUAUAAUAUUUUAAUAUA